AUGUCUACCCUUUCUAGAUUCGAGACUCCUUUAUUGCGAGUCAGCCGACCAGUGUCAGCUUGCCAGAGAUGUCGUGGGGCCAAAGUCAAGUGCGAUGGUAAAUUGCCCGCUUGCACGGCCUGCGAAAGAGCAGGCCGGAGCGCAGAAUGCUCCAGUGCCAGUGAUCUGUUUGCAAAAGGCAAAGAACGGAGCUAUGUUGCCUCACUGGAAACGCGGGUUGAGAAGUUGGAAAAGCAGCUCGUCCAAGCCAAGGCCCGCAAAGCCUCCAUGAAUGCUUCUGGCGCGCAACCCUGGCCAUCUCCUGAAAGCCAUGCCGCUCCCAGGGUCAGUAGCAGAGGAGCUCAACGAAAGGAAGCCUCGAAUGUAGACGACCUGGUUGCAGAUUUUGGCUUCCUAUCAGUCAACGCAACUGCGAGAGACUUCCAUGGCUUCUCUAGAGAAAUGUCAUUUGCCAGGCUUGUCCUCUCGACUUCGUCCGUUCUUGACAUGCCCAAGUUCGUAAAUCAUGUUCUUCCACAGAGACACGAAAUUACGCCGCUAAUCAAGCACUACCUUGAGAAUAUUCACGCACUUUACCCUUUCUUGUCGGAAAGCAGACUCUUUCAAUCUAUCGAUGCGGUGUAUCAAGAAAAUGGUCGUCACGCUCUGCCAAUCGAUCGUUGGACAACUCGACUAGUACUUGCAACAGCGGUUGCUUCUCUGUCAACUAAGAGAGGUGACACACAGUACCAGGAUGCUGUUCGCCAUGCAGCCGCAGCUCUUGAGGAGAUUGAGACUGUCGUUCACCCAGGCUCUAUUGUGGGCAUUCAAGCCAUUCUUCAAUUGGUCCUAUACGCUAUGUUGAAUCCUCGUCAUUUCAACAGCUGGUAUCUGAUUGGACUCGCCUCCCGCGUCAUGGUAGAUCUCGGACUGCACCAGGAUCCCCCUGAAGAGUUGCGUCUCAAACACUCUGAGCUUGAUAUGCGUCUACGUGUCUACAAUUGUGUUUACGCAUUAGAUCGAUCUAUCAGCUUGGUCCAUAUUCGAGCGUUCUCUUUUACGGAUGACUCCGCCAGUGUUACACAUCCGCGUCAAAGGGUGGGCAGACCAGACACAAGCUUAGUCUUCCUCCACGAUCUCAAUCCCGCAAUCCAUUUGAGCCAUCUACGCCAGAUUGAGUCACACGCGUACCAGAAGCUUUUUCAAUCUAGGCGCCCAGCACUGGAGGAACCAUGGCCGAUUAUCUCCAGCUCGAUCGAAGAUAUGCACGUAUUCUGUAGCAAGCUGCCCGAUCAGAUCAAGAACCCAAUCAAGAAACUGUUACGCUGCGAAGCUCUAUACAGCAGUAUCUUGAUAUUAUCGCCACCUGAUCUAGACGAUGACCUUACCGACUAUGGCAAAUUCCUGAUCUUCGAAUAUGCCGUCGAAUACGCAGACUUGAUGUCUUCUGUCGGUAGCGAUGCGGAACAGUUCGCGUUUUACACCUCACAUGAUAUGUUGAGGGCUUCUUUUGUCGUGAAACGCCUCCUUGCCUUGCUCCUGAGUGACUUCGCUCUGUUCUUUGGGAGUAGCAUUUCAAGGCCUCCACCGCAGGCUCCAACGUCUUCUGGAGCUCCCGUUCUUCAACAGCGAACGAUUGGCGAGAUGCUGAGUAGAGCCUACAACUGCCUGAACCUAUGCGACAAGAUUCUCGAGUAUCUGGAGUUGAGGUUUGGCUACGCGGACCCGCUCAAGGAAUUUAGGGUGCAGUCUAGUGAUGUACGACAACUAUUAAAAGCGAGCUAUGACAAAUGGAAUAGGAGCCCUCCUACUACUGGCCAUGAUCAUUAUACCUUGGCAGGUCCUUCAAUGGAUCGAAGAUUCUCUUAG